AUGUACCGGUGGUUUACCCACUCUCAGAUCUUGGCCAUGUCGAACCACCAGAUCGACCUGACGUCGCUCCCGACUACCAUGCAUCUGACCAAGGUUUUCGUCGACGACGGUUGGCCACCCCCUGCUGUACUACCGGUGCCAGAACAAGGGCCACAACGUGACCAGGACACGUUUCUGGCCACAGUUAUAAGCCUUCUACCGGAUGUUUGUCCAGAUUACGCCCAGCAGCAGGGUCAUGCAUGCGGAUGGGAUUCAGAACUGUUCCUUAAUCGUAUCUUGGAGGAAGAAGGCAACGGCACCAAAUAUCCAAGACGCGUCAAGAAAAGAAAACGAGACGAUGCGGAUGUCGGCGACAACGCGAAAGAGUCGAAGCUGCAAAAAUUGCACGAAAAAUAUGAGGGCCGUGUAUCCCAACACCAUAGAGACCACAAUUAUAGCCGCGUCUGCCGGCUACUUCUCAGGGAAGCUUUUCCCAAAGCAUAUGUAGGCGACAUCGAGGAAGCAAUGUUAACGCACAACUCUUCGGUCUAUCAAACGUACUCAGCCCUACAUGAGGAUUUUUCGAAACCGCAUGGUGUCACCUUUCGCAGGAAAUUGUAUCCCAGACACAAGAACAACAUCGAAGAGGUAGCAAUCGAUAAAGAAGAUAUCACUCUACCCGGCAGAGAGGCACAGCAAGAAUUUCUCGCAGCGCAGGAGGUAUGUUCAGCAAAACUAGCCAAGGACGCCGCCAAAGAAGCCCAGGAGAGGGAAGACAAGAAAAACUUCGAAAACGCAAAGGCGGAAGGUGCCAUCACCGAAUGCGGGUGUUGUUUUGACGAACUUCCCUACAAUCGCAUGGUGCACUGCGAUGGUGACACUGCUCACUGGUUCUGCUACGACUGCGCUCGGCGGCAAGCGGAAAAUCAGAUUGGACAGCAGCGGUAUCAUCUAGGUUGCAUGUCUAUGGAUGGCUGCGAAGCAACUUUUUCCAGAGAUCAAAAAGACCUAUUCCUGGAUGACCGCCUGAAGCGUACCCUGGACCAAAUCGAGCAAAAUGACAGCAUUCGACGUGCUGGUAUCGAGGGCCUGGAGACUUGUCCAUUUUGCAACUAUGCUGCGGAGUAUCCCCCAGUGGAGGUCAACUGGGAGUUCGAGUGCCAACAACCGGAGUGUGGGGUCAAAAGCUGCCGACGUUGCCGUCAAGAAACUCACAUCGGCAAGUCUUGCGACGAGGCCAUGGCUGAAGCAGCCCGUAAUAAGGGCGAGGACGCCAAGCGGAAACUCGAGGAGGCCAGAUCAUUGGCUAUGAUACGGGAGUGCUACAAAUAUGCAGAGCCAUGCAAUGCUACGUUUCAGUCGUUGGAUGAUAUUCACGACAAGGAGGCUCGGGAAGCUGAGGAAAGGGAACGAAAGAAGCUACUGGAAGCGGACCCCAGCAUUGAUGCUAAGGAGCUUGAAAUCAAGUUUGAUGAGAAGCUUUUUCCGAAACGGCAGCAGCAUGCUCAUCCUAACGGUGUGCGUGUUGCUGUAGCCUACCCCGGUCAGGGUCCGGCUCGUCUUCGGCAUGCGCUUGCGGGUGGUAUAGUAGCGCAACCCCAAGUGGGUGGGCCAAAUCAGGCCCAGCCAGGCAUGCCAGGAGCUGCACAUGCACAUGUGCAGCCCGUGGGAGGCGAAGCCGAUCUUCUACAGCAGUACGUAAGACUAGGACUGCCGCCGGGACCAGUGCGGGACCGGGUUAUGGAGAGGUGGGGGCGCCGAUACGCACAACUGGCAGCCCAGAGGAACCGAGGACCGGUUCAGCCACAACAUGGCCAAGUGGCCAACGGCUACCCCAACCAAGGAAUGAACCCAGGACAUGCAGGCUAUGCUGCCCUUGGUAUCCAUCCCAACCCCCAUGCUAAUCCUGCCCUCAAUCCUGCUCCCAAUCCAGGUCAGGCACCACAGGCGUUUCCGGGGGUUGGAAACCAGGUCCUCCAUCACAACCAUAAUGACCAUCACUACAUGCUUAACGCGCAUUUCCCGGCCAAUGUUCCACACUGGAAUCCGGGCGGGCCAGGUCUCCUUGGCCUCGGCCUUGGCCCCCUUCCCCCGAACGAUGGAUUUGGUCUGCCCCAAAUGGCGCAACUCGCUGCGCCAAGGCUGGCCGCCCAUCCUCCUCCUGUGGCCGCCAACAAUAUACCAAACCCGGGCGUCAACGUGCGAAGCCUUGGCCGAGCCCCGGUAGUAGCAGUUCCUCCUAGACAGCAGGUGCCUGUUGUCGAUCUUACUGCUGAUGAAUAG